AUGUGGACGUGGACGUGGUCGUGGACGUGGACGUGGACGUGGCAUCGACGUGGACAUGGACGUGGACGUGGACGUGGCAUCGACGUCGACGUGGACAUGGACGUGGACGUGGACGUGGACAUGGACGUGGACGUGGACGUGUACGUGGACAUGGACUUGGACGUGGACGUGGACGUGGACGUGGACCUGGACGUGGACGUGGACGUGGACGUGGACAUGGACAUGGACGUGGACGUGGACGUGGACGUGGAUGGACGUGGACGUGGACAUGGACGUGGACGCGGACGUGGACGUGGACGUGGACGUGGACAUGGACGCGGACGUGGACGUGGAACUGGACGUAGACAUGGACAUGGACAUGGACGUGGACAUGGACAUGGACAUGGACAUGGACGUGGACAUGGACGUGGACGUGGACGUGGACAUGGACGUGGACGUGGACGUGGACGUGGCCUUGGACGUGGACAUGGACGUGGACGUGGACGUGGACGUGGCCUUGGACGUGGACAUGGACGUGGACGUGGACGUGGACGUGGACAUGGACGUGGACCUGGACGUGGACGUGGACGUGGACGUGGACGCGGACAUGGACGUGGACGUGGACGUGGACGUGGAUGGACGCGGACGUGGACGUGGACGCGGACGUGGACGUGGACGUGGAUGGACGCGGACGUGGACGUGGACGUGGACGUGGACGUGGACGCGGACAUGGACGUGGACGGGGACAUGGACGUGGACAUGGACGUGGACGUGGACGUGUACGUGGACAUGGACGUGGACAUGGACGUGGACAUGGACGUGGACAUGGACGUGGACAUGGACGUGGACGUGGACGUGGACGUGGACGUGGACGUGGACGUGGACAUGGACGUGGACAUGGUCGUGGACGUGGUCGUGGACGUGGACGUGGAGGACUUGGACGUGGACAUGGACGUGGACAUGGACCUGGACGUGGACGUAGACGUGGACGUGGACGUGGACGUGGUCGUGGACGAGGACUUGGACAUGGACGUGGACGUGGACGUGGACGUGGACGUGGAGGACUUGGACGUAGACAUGGACGUGGACGUGGACGUGGACGUGGACGUGGACAUGGUCGUGGACGUGGUCGUGGACGUGGACGUGGACGUGGUCGUGGACGUAGACCUGGACGUGGACGUGGACCUGGACGUGGACGUGGACGUGGUCGUGGACGUGGACGUGGACAUGGACGUGGACGUGGUCGUGGACGUGGACGUGGACGUGGACGUGGACGUGGACGUGGACAUGGACGUGGACGUGGACAUGGUCGUGGACGUGGUCGUGGACGUGGACGUGGACGUGGUCGUGGACGUAGACCUGGACGUGGACGUGGACCUGGACGUGGACGUGGACGUGGUCGUGGACGUGGACGUGGACGUGGACGUGGACGUGGUCGUGGACGUGGACGUGGACGUGGACGUGGACGUGGACAUGGACGUGGACGUGGACGUGGACGUGGACGUGGACGUGGACGUGAACUUGGACGUGGACAUGGACGUGGAGGACUUGGACGUGGACAUGGACGUGGAGGACUUGGACAUGGACGUGGACAUGGACAUGGACAUGGACAUGGACGUGGACGUGGACGUGGACAUGGACGUGGACAUGGACGCGGACGUGGACGUGGACAUGGACGCGGACGUGGACGUGGAACUGGACGUAGACAUGGACAUGGACAUGGACGUGGACAUGGACAUGGACAUGGACAUGGACGUGGACAUGGACGUGGACGUGGACGUGGACAUGGACGUGGACGUGGACGUGGCCUUGGACGUGGACAUGGACGUGGACGUGGACGUGGAUGUGGACAUGGACGUGGACCUGGACGUGGACGUGGAAUCCGACGUGGACGUGGACGCGGACGUGGACGUGGAUGGACGCGGACGUGGACGUGGACGUGGACGUGGACGCGGACGUGGACGCGGACGUGGACGUGGAUGGACGCGGACGUGGACGUGGACGUGGACGUGGACGCGGACGUGGACGCGGACGUGGACGUGGAUGGACGCGGACGUGGACGUGGACGUGGACGUGGACGUAGACGUGGACGCGGACGUGGACGUGGACGGGGACAUGGACGUGGACGUGGACGUGGACGUGGACGUGGACAUGGACGUGGACGUGGACAUGGACGUGGACAUGGACGUGGACGUGGACGUAGACGUGGACGUGGACGUGGACGUGGACGACUUGGACGUGGACGUGGACGUGGUCGUGGACGUGGACGUGGACGUGGACGUGGUCGUGGACGUGGACGUGGAUGUGGACGUGGAGGACUUGGACGUGGACAUGGACGUGGACGUGGACGUGGACGUGGACGUGGACAUGGUCGUGGACGUGGUCGUGGACGUGGACGUGGACGUGGUCGUGGACCUGGACGUGGACACCUGGACGUGGACGUGGACAUGGACUGUGGACGUGGACGUGGACCUGGACGUGGACGUGGACGUGGUCGUGGACGUGGACGUGGACGUAGACGUGGACGUGGUCGUGGACGUGGACGUGGACGUGGACGUGGACGUUGACGUGGACGUGGACAUGGACGUGGACGUGGACGACUUGGACGUGGACAUGGACGUGGUCGUGGACAUGGACGUGCACAUGGACAUGAACAUGGACAUGGACGUGGACAUGGACGCGGACGUGGACGUGGACGUGGACGUGGACAUGGACGUGGACGUGGACGUGGACAUGGACAUGGACAUGGACGGGGACAUGGACGUGGACGUGGACGUGGACGUGGACGUGGACAUGGACGUGGACGUGGACGUGGACGUGGACGCGGAAGUGGACGUGGACGUGGACGUGGAUGGACGCGGACGUGGACGUGGACCUGGACGUGGACGUGGACGCGGACGUGGACGGGGACAUGGACGUGGACAUGGACGUGGACGUGGACGUGGACGUGGACAUGGAUGUGGACAUGGACGUGGACGUGGACGUGGACGUGGACAUGGACGUGGACGUGGACAUGGACGUGGACAUGGACGUGGACGUGGUCGUGGACGCGGGGACGUGGACAUGGACGUGGACGCGGACGUGGACGUGGACGUGGACGUGGACGUGGACGCGGACGUGGACGUGGACGUGGACGUGGACGCGGACGUGGACGUGGACGUGGACGCGGACGCGGACGUGGACGUGGACGUGGACGUGGACGUGGACGUGGACGUGGACGUGGACGUGGACGUGGACAUGGACAUGGACGUGGACGUGGACGUGGACGUGGACGUGGAGGUGAAGGUGGACGUGGAGGUGGAGGUGGACGUGGACGUGGACCCAGACGUGGACGUGGACGUGGACGUGGACGCGGACGUGGACGCGGACAUGGACCUGGAUGUGUACGUGGACAUGGACAUGGACGUGGACGUGGACGUGGACGUGGACGUGGACGUGGAUGUGGACGUGGACGUGGACGUGGACGCGGACGUGGACGCGGACGUGGACGUGGACGCGGACGUGGACGUGGACGUGGACGUGGACGCGGACGUGGACGUGGACGUGGACGCGGACGCGGACGUGGACGUGGACGUGGACGUGGACGCGGACGCGGACGUGGACGUGGACGCGGACGCGGACGUGGACGUGGACGUGGACGCGGACGUGGACGUGGACGUGGACGCGGACGUGGACAUGGACGUGGACGUGGACGUGGACGUGGACGCGGACGUGGACGUGGACGUGGACGUGGACGCGGACGUGGACCUGGACGUGGACGCGGACGUGGACGUGGACGUGGACGUGGACGUGGACCUGGACGUGGACGCGGACGUGGACGUGGACGUGGACGUGGACGUGGACGUGGACCCGGACGCGGACGUGGACGUGGACGUGGACGCGGACGCGGACGUGGACGUGGACGCGGACGCGGACGUGGACGUGGACGUGGACGCGGACGUGGACAUGGACGUGGACGUGGACAUGGAUGUGGACGUGGACGUGGACAUGGACGUGGACGUGGACGUGGACAUGGACAUGGACAUGGAUAUGGACAUGGACAUGGACGUGGACGUGGACGUGGACGUGGAUGUGGACGUGGACAUGGACGUGGACGUGGACAUGGACAUGGACAUGGACAUGGACAUGGACGUGGACGUGGACGUGGACGUGGACGUGGACGUGGACAUGGACGUGGACGUGGACGUGGACGUGGACAUGGACGUGGACGUGGACGUGGACGUGGACAUGGACGUGGACAUGGACGUGGAGGACUUGGACGUGGACAUGGACGUGGUCGUGGACAUGGACGUGGACAUGGACAUGGACAUGGAUAUGGACGUGGACGUGGACGCGGACGUGGACAUGGACGCGGACGUGGACGCGGACGUGCAAGUGGACGUGGACGUGGAAGGACGUGGACGUGGACAUGGACGUGGACGUGGACGUGGACGUGACGUGGACGUGGACGUGGACGUGGACGUGAACGUGGACGUGGACGUGGACGUGGACGUGGUCGUGGACGUGGACAUGGACGUAGAUGUGGAUGUGGACGUCGACGUGGACGUCGACGUGGACAUGGACGUGGACGUGGACGUGGACGUGGACGUGGAUGUGGACGUGGACGUGGACGUGGACGCGGACGUGGACGCGGACGUGGACGUGGACGCGGACGUGGACGUGGACGUGGACGCGGACGUGGACGUGGACGUGGACGCGGACGCGGACGUGGACGUGGACGUGGACGCGGACGCGGACGUGGACGUGGACGCGGACGCGGACGUGGACGUGGACGUGGACGCGGACGUGGACGUGGACGUGGACGCGGACGUGGACAUGGACGUGGACGUGGACGUGGACGUGGACGCGGACGUGGACGUGGACGUGGACGUGGACGCGGACGUGGACCUGGACGUGGACGCGGACGUGGACGUGGACGUGGACGUGGACCUGGACGUGGACGCGGACGUGGACCUGGACGUGGACGCGGACGUGGACGUGGACGUGGACGCGGACGUGGACGUGGACGUGGACGCGGACGUGGACGUGGACGUGGACGCGGACGCGGACGUGGACGUGGACGCGGACGCGGACGUGGACGUGGACGUGGACGCGGACGUGGACAUGGACGUGGACGUGGACGUGGACAUGGAUGUGGACGUGGACGUGGACAUGGACGUGGACGUGGACGUGGACAUGGACAUGGACAUGGAUAUGGACAUGGACAUGGACGUGGACGUGGACGUGGACGUGGACGUGGACGUGGACAUGGACGUGGACGUGGACAUGGACAUGGACAUGGACAUGGACAUGGACGUGGACGUGGACGUGGACGUGGACGUGGACGUGGACAUGGACGUGGACGUGGACGUGGACGUGGACAUGGACGUGGACGUGGACGUGGACGUGGACAUGGACGUGGACAUGGACGUGGAGGACUUGGACGUGGACAUGGACGUGGUCGUGGACAUGGACGUGGACAUGGACAUGGACAUGGAUAUGGACGUGGACGUGGACGCGGACGUGGACAUGGACGCGGACGUGGACGCGGACGUGCAAGUGGACGUGGACGUGGAAGGACGUGGACGUGGACAUGGACGUGGACGUGGACGUGGACGUGACGUGGACGUGGACGUGGACGUGGACGUGAACGUGGACGUGGACGUGGACGUGGACGUGGUCGUGGACGUGGACAUGGACGUAGAUGUGGAUGUGGACGUCGACGUGGACGUCGACGUGGACAUGGACGUGGACGUGGACGUGGACGUGGACAUGGACGUGGACGUGGACGUGGACGUGGACGUGAACAUGGACGUGGACGUGGACGUGAACAUGGACGUGGACAUGGACGUGGAGGACUUGGACGUGGACAUGGACGUGGUCGUGGACAUGGACGUGAACAUGGACAUGGACAUGGACAUGGACGUGGACGUGGAUGUGGACAUGGACGUGGACAUGGACGCGGACGUGGACGUGGAACUGGACGUAGACAUGGACAUGGACAUGGACGUGGACAUGGACAUGGACAUGGACGUGGACAUGGACGUGGACGUGGACGUGGACAUGGACGUGGACGUGGACGUGGACGUGGCCUUGGACGUGGACAUGGACGUGGACGUGGACGUGGACGUGGACAUGGACGUGGACAUGGUCGUGGACGUGGUCGUGGACGUGGGCGUGGACGUGGACGCGGACGUGGACGUGGACGUGGACGCGGACGUGGACGUGGACGGGGACAUGGACGUGGACGUGGACGUGGACAUGGACGUGGACAUGGACGUGGACGUGGACGUGGACGUGGACGUGGACAUGGACGUGGACAUGGACGUGGACGUGGUCGUGGACGUGGACGUGGAGGACUUGGACGUGGACAUGGACGUGGAGAUGGACGUGGACGUGGACGUAGACGUGGACGUGGACGUGGACGUGGACGUGGAGGACUUGGACGUGGACGUGGACGUGGACGUGGACGUGGUCGUGGACGUGGACGUGGACGUGGACGUGGAGGACUUGGACGUGGACAUGGACAUGGACGUGGACGUGGACGUGGACGUGGACAUGGUCGUGGACUUGGUCGUGGACGUGAACGUGGACGUGGACGUGGUCGUGGACGUGGACCUGGACGUGGACGUGGACAUGGACCGUGGACGUGGACGUGGACCUGGACGUGGACGUGGACGUGGUCGUGGACGUGGACGUGGACGUGGACGUGGUCGUGGACGUGGACGUGGACGUGGACGUGGACGUGGACGUUGCAUCGACGUCGACGUGGACGUGGACGUGGACGUGGACGUGGACGUGGACGUGGACAUGGACGUGGACGUGGACGUGGACAUGGACGUGGACGUGGACGUGGACGUGGACAUGGACGUGGACAUGGAUGUGGAGGACUUGGACGUGGACGUGGACGUGGUCGUGGACGUGGACCUGGACGUGGACGUGGACAUGGACCGUGGACGUGGACGUGGACCUGGACGUGGACGUGGACGUGGUCGUGGACGUGGACGUGGACGUGGACGUGGUCGUGGACGUGGACGUGGACGUGGACGUGGACGUGGACGUGGCAUCGACGUCGACGUGGACGUGGACGUGGACGUGGUCGUGGACAUGGACGUGGACGUGGACGUGGACAUGGACGUGGACGUGGACGUGGACGUGGACAUGGACGUGGACAUGGAUGUGGAGGACUUGGACGUGGACAUGGACGUGGUCGUGGACAUGGACGUGGUCAUGGACAUGGACGUGGACAUGGACGCGGACGUGGACGUGGACGUGGACGUGGACGUGGACGUGGACGUGGACGUGGACAUGGACGUGGACGUGGACAUGGACAUGGACGUGGACGUGGACAUGGACGUGGACGUGGACGCGGACGUGGACGUGGACGUGAACGUGGACGCGGACGUGGACGUGGACGUGGAUGGACGCGGACGUGGACGUGGACGUGGACGUGGACGUGGACGCGGACGUGGACGUGGACGUGGACGCGGACGUGGACGUGGACAGGGACAUGGACGUGGACAUGGACGUGGACGUGGACGUGGACGUGGACAUGGACGUGGACAUGGACGUGGACGUGGACGUGGACGUGGACGUGGAUGUGGACAGGGACAUGGACAGGGACGUGGACGUGGACGUGGACGUGGACGUGAACGUGGACGUGGACGUGGACAUGGACGUGGACAUGGACGUGGACGUGGAUGUGGACGUGGACGUGGACGUGGACGUGGACAUGGACGUGGACAUGGACGUGGACGUGGUCGUGGACGUGGACGUGGAGGACUUGGACGUGGACAUGGACGUGGACGUGGACGUGGACGUAGACGUGGACGUGGACGUGGACGUGGACGUGGACGUGGAGAACUUGGACGUGGACGUGGACGUGGUCGUGGACGUGGACGUGGACGUGGACGUGGACGUGGACAUGGACGUGGACAUGGAUGUGGACGUGGACGUGGACGUGGACGUGGACAUGGACGUGGACAUGGUCGUGGACGUGGUCGUGGACGUGGACGUGGACGUGGACGUGGACGUCGACGUCGACGUGGACGUGGACGUGGACGUGGACGUCGACGUGGACCUGGACGUGGACGUGGACGUGGACGUGGACGUGGACGUGGACGUGGACGUGGACCUGGACGUGGACAUGGACGUGGAGGACUUGGACGUGGACAUGGACGUGGUCGCGGGGACGUGGACAUGGACGUGGACGCGGAUGUGGACGUGGACGUGGACGUGAACGUGGACGUGGACGCGGACGUGGACGUGGACGUGGACGUGGACAUGGACGUGGACGUGGACCUGGACGUGGACGUGGACGUGGACGUGGACAUGGACAUGGACGUGGACGUGGACGUGGACGUGGACGUGGAUGGACGUGGACGUGGACAUGGACGUGGACGCGGACGUGGACGUGGACGUGGACGCGGACGUGGAUGUGGACGUGGACAUGGACGUGGACGCGGACGUGGACGUGGACGUGGACGUGGACGUGGAGGUGGACGUGGACGUGGACGUGGACGUGGACGUGGUCGUGGACGUGGACAUGGACACGUGGACGUGGACGUGGACGUGGACGCGGACGUGGACGCGGACAUGGACAUGGAUGUGUACGUGGACAUGGACAUGGACGUGGACGUGGACAUGGACAUGGACGUGGACGUGGACGUGGACGUGGACGUGGACGUGGACGCGGACGUGGACGUGGACGUGGACGCGGACGCGGAUGUGGACGUGGACGUGGACGCGGACGUGGACGUGGACGCGGACGCGGACGUGGACGUGGACGCGGACGUGGACGUGGACGUGGACGCGGACGUGGACGUGGACGUGGACGCGGGCGUGGACGUGGACGUGGACGCGGACGUGGACGCGGACGUGGACGUGGACGUGGACGCGGACGUGGACCUGGACGUGGACGCGGACGUGGACCUGGACGUGGACGCGGACGUGGACAUGGACGUGGACGCGGACGUGGACAUGGACGUGGACGCGGACGUGGACGUGGACGUGGACGCGGACGUGGACGUGGACGUGGACAUGGACGUGGACGUGGACGUGGACAUGGACGUGGACGUGGACGUGGACAUGGACGUGGACGUGGACGUGGACAUGGACAUGGACAUGGAUAUGGACAUGGACGUGGACGUGGACGUGGACGUGGACGUGGACAUGGACGUGGACGUGGACAUGGACAUGGACGUGGACGUGGACGUGGACGUGGACGUGGACGUGGACGUGGACAUGGACGUGGACGUGGACGUGGACGUGGACAUGGACGUGGACGUGGACGUGGACGUGGACAUGGACGUGGACAUGGACGUGGAGGACUUGGACGUGGACAUGGACGUGGUCGUGGACAUGGACGUGGACAUGGACAUGGACAUGGAUAUGGACGUGGACCUGGAUGCGGACGUGGACAUGGACGCGGACGUGGACGCGGACGUGCAAGUGGACGUGGACGUGGACGUGGACAUGGACGUGGACGUGGACGUGGACGUGACGUGGACGUGGACGUGGACGUGGACGUGA